CCCAGCUGGAGGAGGAGGGGGAGGCCAGACAUGGAGACCAUUCCUCCGGUUAGAUCCAGCCUUUUGGGGAUUCUCUUGCAGGCUGUGAGGCUCUCAGUACUGUUGGUUCAGAACCGAGAUCACCUCUACAAUUUCCUGCUCCUCAAGAUCAACCUCUUCAACCACUGGGUGUCAGGGCUGGCCCAGGAGGCCGGGGGCACCUGUAACCGGCAGGCCCACCUACCCUUGGGAGUGGCAGCCUGCCCCCUGGGCCAGGCUCUCCAGGCUGGGCUGGCUCUGAUACAGGUCCCUGUCUGGCUGGUAUUGCAGGGACCCAGGCUGAUGUGGGCUGGCAUGCGGGGUGGCACCAGGGCCCUGGGCCUGGCCUUGCUGGGUGCCUGGGAGGGGCUGGGCCUGUCUGUGGCCAUCUGGACGGACCUGCUUUCGCUGUGUCUGCGUGGCCUGAUACUGGUGGCCUUGCUGCUGGUGGUAGUCACCUGGAGGGUGUGUCAGAAGGCCCGCUUCUCCCAACUGGUCUGGCAGCUCAGUAAGGCCUUGCAAGUGAACUGGCUGGUGAGGGAGUUCCUGGCGCAGCUGAGAUGCCUGUACUGGUGGGUGGAGACUAUGAUUGCACUCGCCUCCUGGCACCUGGCCUAUCUCAUCACCUGGACCACCUGCCUGGCCUCCCACCUGCUGCAGGCUGCCUUCGAGCACACCACCCAGCUGGCCCAGGCCCAGGACGUUGAACCCCAGGAGGCCUCGGAGUCUUCCUUGCUGUCUUCACUGUCUGGGUUCCUGGCCUCAGAGUCUGGACCAGUUUUGCCAGAGCAAGGAACUCCCAGAGAAUAAAUAUAUCUCCAGCUGCC